UCGCUCUCUUUACUCGUGAUUUGACAUGGGAACAAAGCCAGCCCACCAGUCGCCCACGCACACUCAUCAUUCACCUCUUCUUCCUCCUCCUCCUCCCCACCUUCUUCCCGUCCGUCCCAAAUAUCUAUCUCCGCCUCUUCUUUUCUCCAGGAGACGUCAAUCUCCCCUUCCUUUCUUAGGGUUUCUUUCUUGGCCAGCGGUCUCUUCUUUGAUCGCCGCCAUGGAGAGAUUCCGGGAACUUGGAGGAGGAGGGGGGAGCAGCAGCAGCAGCGCCGGCUCCAUGGCGUCCUUCUUGCACCUCCCGCUGCGCGCCGCGGCCUCGUCGCCCGAGCUGAUUCCACCGGCCGGCGGCGGCGCCGAGCACCAUGGAUCCCGGCUCGCGUUGCACCAGUUGCUGUCCAAUCCGCCGCCGUCGACGCCACAGCGCGGCCACCAUAAGGACGGGGAGAUCUCGCCGGGGCCGGACGCGGAGGCCGUCAAGGCCAAGAUCAUGGCGCACCCGCUGUACUCGCCUCUCCUCGCCUCCUACCUAGACUGCCACAAGGUCGGCGCCCCGCCGGACGUGCUGGACCGGCUCUCGGCCGUGGCGGCGAAGCAGCUGGACGCCGCCGCGGAACGCAGGCGGCACCGCGAGCCGCCGCGUGUCGACCCGGAGCUCGACCAGUUCAUGGAGGCUUACUGCAACAUGCUGGCCAAGUACCGGGAGGAGCUGGCGCGGCCGAUCUGGGAGGCCACCGAGUUCUUCAGGAGCGUCGAGACACAGCUCGAUUCCAUCACAGCAGACAGUAAUUGUGAAGGUGCCGGCUCGUCUGAGGAUGACCUGGACACGAGCUGCGCCGAAGAGAUCGACCCCAGCGCAGAGGACAGGGAGCUCAAGCACCAGCUUCUGCGCAAGUACGGCGGCUACGUGGGGAGCCUCCGGCAAGAGUUCUGCAAGCGGAGGAAGAAAGGGAAGCUCCCCAAGGAGGCCAGGCAGAAGCUGCUGCAGUGGUGGGAGCUGCACUGCAAGUGGCCGUACCCAUCCGUACGAGACGGAGAAGAUCGCGCUGGCGGAGUCGACGGGGCUGGACCAGAAGCAGAUCAACAACUGGUUCAUCAACCAGCGGAAGCGGCACUGGAAGCCGGCGGCGGAGGACAUGCCGUUCUCCAUGAUGGGCGGCGGCGGCUUCGACCACGACCCGCCGGGCGGAGGCGCCGCCGCGCCGUACAUGGUGGACCGGCCGCCGUUCAUGUUGGACGGCAUGUACCGGCUGGGUUCCUGAAGCCUCAAAUGAUCCCUAUAUAUGGUGGUGUCGUCGCCGGCUGCGUGCGUGACCGUUGACAGCAGACGCAGCAUGCAUGGGUUGGGGGUUUCUUCAGUGAAUACAUGUGAUAUAUUCCGUCAUCUGGGGUAACUAAAAUGGAGGUCGAGAUCAGAUCGAUGCAUAUUGUACGUACUAUACGUUUGUGCAUCGAUCGAUCGUUUCCGGAGUACUGGUGAAGAAAACAUUAUUUUGCUUGCGAGCUAAUGACAAGUCAAGUCAGAUCAGAUGUACCAUA